GUGGUCUUGGGACUCGCUGCCCUGCGUGAUGCGCUGCAGCCAACUUCGCGUGAGGUCAUCCAAGAGCUCGAGAAGGCCGGCGAGGAGGUUUGGAUGUGUACCGGGGACCACUCUGCCACCGCCAACGCGGUGGCCAGAGAGCUCGGCAUCCACCCAGACCGAGUCAGAGCCGAGUCGGUCCCAGCCUUUAAGGCGGGCCUGGUUGCCGAGCUACAAGCUGCAGGCAAGCGUGUUAUCUUUGUCGGCGACGGGGUCAACGAUGCACCGGCGCUGACUUCCGCAGAGGUCGGUGUGGCAAUCGGUGCCGGAGCUCGGCUUACAGUGGACUCCGCGGACAUUGUGCUGGUGAAGUCAGAGCUUCAGGAGUUGUUGACCAUGAAGCAACUGGCACUGGCGACGGUCUUCUGCAUAAAGCGAAAUUUCCUCUGGGCCUUCGUGUUCAACGCAUGCAUGAUCCCGCUGGCAGCCGGGGUUUUGCACCACCAAGGGAUCCACCUGCCUCCGGCGGCUGCAGCUGCGGCGAUGGCGCUGUCGUCUGUCACGGUGGUCUCCUCCUCCUUGCUGCUUCGCCGUUUCCGGCCCCGGCAACUUCGGGUGCCCUUUGCGCCGAAUCAGGCGCAGGCACGCAAGGCCGGCAAUCGGAAGUACAACAAGCUGGCCGAGGAGCACCCUCUGACAGAGGAUAGCCCCUGCGGCCUGACCUGCAUCAAUAACUGUGAUCGCGUCUAG